UUUUGGUUUUAUCAGAUGUCAUGUGACCUACACUCAGCCAUCUUGUGGAAAUCGAGAGAGAGAGAGAGAGAGAGAGAGAGAGCGCCACACAACUCGCAUACAAACCUUGUGCUGUCAGAACAAGCAGAGAACUUCGAGGAAGAAUGGCCGAAACCCAGACACUUAACUUUGGACCAGAAUGGCUCCGUGCCUUGUCUGGAGGUGGGAGCAGCGGUAUUGGUGGUGGUGGAGGAGGCGGCUGUGGGGUUGUCUCUCCACCCCUCUCACCUGCAUUGCCAAAGUAUAAACUCGCAGAAUAUCGCUACGGAAGAGAAGAAAUGUUAGCACUUUAUAUAGAGGAUGACAAGAUCCCCUUAGACCUUCACGAUAAAGAGUUCCUGCCCAUAUUGCAAGAGGAGCCCUUGCCGCCCCUGGCACUCGUGUCUUUUACAGAGGAGGAACAGAGAAAUUUUUCCAUGUCUGUAAACAGUUCAGCUGUACUCCGGCUGACAGGGCGUGGAAGCGGUCCGAUAGUAGGGGCACCAAGAGGCCGAAGUACCUCAAGGGGUAGAGGCCGGGGAAGAGGAGAUGGAGGGUUUUACCAAAGAAGUUUUGAUGAUGUGGAAGGUUUUGGUCGUGGAGCGAGGGAGAUGCAUCGCUCCCAAAGCUGGGAAGAAAGGGGAGAAAGAAGGUUUGAAAAACCAGGUCGAAAAGACCCCGUUGAAGUUGUUCCAGGACAUUUUCCGAUGAUUCCCGUCCGAGUCAACUAUGAAGACGGUGUAACCGGCCUACCGAGGAAGCAAGACUUCACGCGUUCAGAGAGUGAGAACUGGCGUUCUGCUCAGAAUGGUGAGGAUGAUGAGGGGGGCUGGUGCCCGGCGGGGUCUCGAUGGGACAGUGAGCGGUGGUGCCUCCCGAGCCCAGCGGAAGGGCCUCGGUCGGCAGGGUGGCGGGAACUCCCAGAUCAGCGUCGUCGUUUCCCAUUCGAUGCCAGAGAAGACGAGCGUGGCUACAGGAGGCCGCGAUCAGGCAGCGGCAGCCUGGACGACGACAGCCUGCCAGAGUGGUGUCUGGAGGACGCAGACGAGGAGGCGGGCACCUUCGACUCAUCGGGGGCCUUCCUCUCACUCAAGAAAGCUUCCAAGGAGCCAAUUCUGGAGGAGGGAGAGCUGGACUUCAAACCCUUGGAAGAGUGUGAAGAAGGCCUGGAAGAGGACGACUGUCAGCUCAAAGGGACCAAAGAUAUUGAAACGGAUGCAGAACGAAAAGAGUAUUCGAGAGCAUCAGAGGCUUUACCUGCAGCCCCUCCGGUCUCCGAGCCUCACUCUCGGUCCCUGAUCCAGCCAAACGGAACAGAAGAGUCCGAGAGGCCGAUUGAACGGCAGCCACCGUUGGAGCUGCCCCCAGAGAACGGCAAAGCCCCCCUGAACGUCCCCAUGUCCAACAGCAUGCGUGAAUCCCUACCCAUGAACCACAUUUCUACAACCCUUGCAGAAGUAUCUGCUCCAUCACCCAGCGUCCAGCUACCGCAAAAGCACAUGGUGGUCCCCACGGCGAUGAAACAUCCUUUGUCCUUCUCCUCGAGUUUAAUGGCACCUAUUGGCAGGCCCACGGCUGUGUCACACGACACAGAUGAAGACGAGAGACUCAAACACUUUGAGCAGGAGGCAGAGAAGAUGGUAGCAUACCUUCAGGAUAGUGUGGUGGAUGAUAACAGACUUACAGUAAAGACUUCAGAGAAGCCCAAACCUGUAGGCCUUCCGCUCACCAACGAGGCCGCUCUCAAAUGGUUCUACAAAGACCCCCAAGGGGAGAUACAGGGACCAUUCAGCAACCCAGAGAUGACGGAGUGGUUUCAGGCCGGUUACUUCACCAUGUCUCUCUUGGUCAAAAGAGGGUGUGACGAGGUGUUUCAAGCACUGGGGGACAUAAUAAAGAUAUGGGGGAGAGUACCGUUCACACCUGGCCCAGCACCGCCUCCUCUACAGGCUGAAGGUGAUCAGGAGAGGUUGAAGAGGCAGCAGGAGCUCACUGCUCUCAACCUCUACCAGUUACAGCAGCUCCAAUAUCAAUACCUCCUCAGGCAGCAGUAUGCUCAGGCGCUGGCUCAGCAGAAAACUCUGAACUCAGCUCCUCUUCAACAGCAGCAGCAACACCAACAGCAGAUCAACCUGCUUCUACAGCAAUACCAGACCCUCAAGCUAAGAGCGUCAGAGAGCCCCCUCCCUCCUGUGACCCGCUCCCCGUCUGUACCUGAUACGGGUUCUGUGUGGGAAAUGCAGAACUCGUCCUCUCAGGCUUCCUGUACACCCAACGUUCAACAAGCUGCUCCAAACACAGGUGUAAUGCAUCAUGUUGUAUCGCACUCAACAGCGUGGGAUGGCAGCAGCGUGUGGGAUUUACCCAUCGACUCCGUGGCUCAGGCGCCAACCAUCGAGCAGAUGCAACAGUUGGAGAAGUCAAAGUCUGCUAAGUUGGAGUUGGAAAGGCGCGAUGCAGAAAUGAGAACAAAAAGGGAGGAAGAGGAGAGGAAACGGCUAGAAGAGGCCAUGAGGGCGCGACAGGAGGAAGAACGCAAGCACUUAGCAGAAGAGGAGCUGGCACGGCACAAACAGGAGGAGGCAUUAAGACGGCAGCGAGAGCAAGAUGAGGCACAACGCAGGCAAAAAGAGGAAGAGGAGAGAAUGGCACAAGAGGAAGCUCUCCAUAGAUUAGAAGAGAGGCGGAGGGAAGAGGAGGAGAGAAGGAAACGAGAAGAGUUCCUUCGCAAACAGGAGGAUGAGCGCAGAAAGCAGGAGGAACUAGAAGCACUGAGGAGGCGCGAGGAGGAGAAGCGAGCAGAGGAAGAGGCAGCAGCUGCUGCGGCUGUUUUAGCACAACAACAACUGGAGGAGCAGAAGAGGAGAGAGCAGGAGGCCCAAAGACAGCAGGAGCAGCAGAGACAGAGGCAGCAGCAGCAGGAGGCGCUCAGGAGGCUGCAGCAGCAACAGCAGCAACAGCAGCUCGCACAGAUGAAGCUUCCGUCCUCUUCAAAGUGGGGCCAGCAGUCGUCGGUCAGCGCUGUGAACCAGAACCAGAGCGCCCUGUCACUGGCAGAGAUCCAGAAACUGGAAGAGGAGAGAGAACGACAGACGCGAGAAGAGCAGCGGCGUCAGCAGCAGGAGAUGCUGAAGCUCCAGCAGCAGCAGGCCCUGCAUCUGGCUCAGCAGCCCCAGGCCAAGAUGUCUAGCUGGGGCAGUGUGGCCACACAGCCGGCUGCCACCAAGUCGCUGCUGGAGAUUCAGAGGGAGGAAGCCCAGCAGAUGAAACAGCGGCAGGAGCAGCCGCCACCACAGCAACAGCAGCAGCAGCAGCAACAACAACAGCAGCCACAGCAGCAGCCGCAACCACAGCCUGUCGUCCCACAGCAGAGCCGCAGUCAAAACAAAACUACAUCGUCUCUGAGUAGCUCAGUUUGGGGCUCCAUGAACACGAGCCCAUCCACUAACUGGGGCUCGGACUCCAGCAGCAUUUGGGGCGACACAAACAACUCUAACAUGGGCUUCUGGGAUGAGGCUGUGAAAGAGGCCGUGCAGCAACCGCCUCCAACCAAGAAAGCCAGCGCGCAGAAGAACAACAAAGGCAACGCCAACCUCAGUAACUCUGUGAGUGGGCGGGUCAAUAAGAAAGCAGAGGAGGAGGAGGAGAAGUUGGUAAAGUUGUUUCAAGGGGUCAAUAAGAGCCAGCAGGACACCUUCAUGCAAUGGUGUGAGCAAACCUUGCACACCCUCAACACGGCCAACAAUUUGGAUGUUCCCACGUUUGCAUCCUUCCUGAAAGAAGUGGACUCUCCGUAUGAGGUGCACGACUACGUCCGGGCCUAUCUGGGGGACACUCCCGAGGCCAAGGACUUUGCCAAGCAGUUCAUCGAACGACGUGCCAAACAGAACGCUAACCAACAGAAACCGGCACCGCAGAACCAACAGCAAGCCCUCAAGCAGCAGCAGCAGCAGCAGGAUUCUGUAUGGGGUGGAUCAUCGUCGGUGUAUCAGUCCAACCAUACGAGCGUCCAGCAGCAACGCUUUGAGACCGUCACCUCAGGGAAGAAGAAAAAGAAGCAGAAGAUGGUCCGCGCAGACCCCAGCCUUCUAGGUUUUUCUGUGAAUGCCUCAUCUGAGAGACUGAAUAUGGGAGAGAUUGAGACUUUGGAGGACUUUUAAGGGACUGCAGCCAAGCAAACCCCACUGACUGUAUCCGUUUUGAACAGCAGCCGUUUUACCCGAACCCCCCCCUGACACCGCCCCCCCGACUGCUUCCACAAGAUUCACCUUUUUAAUUUCAGUUUCACAUUUAUCAGAUGUACUCUGGUAAUCCCUCUUUAAAUUUCAGAUUGUGAACCAACAGUGAUCUCUGAGGCAGGGUGUGUUUUUCCUUUUUGCUUUCGGACCUAUAAUCUGAUGAAAUGGACUGGAGCAAAGUGGCCAGUGAAACAUCCGACCAGCCCAGAGCAAUCACCCAAUGAACUUGAGUUUCUGGAAAAAGUCUGCUGGAGCAUUGAUGUCUGUUGGGCUUCAGCUAGUAGUUCCCGGAUUAUGUCCUAAAAUUCAAAGUGACUUCAAAUUUCUAAUUUGGCCUCCAUUUAAUGGGAUUUUUUUAAAUGUGUGGAUAUCUGGGAAGGGUGGUUGGGGUAUAAUGGGAAAGGUUAGAGAUUAUAUCCAUUGUUUUUGUUUUAUUUAUUGAAAGUUUUGUCCCUUCACUUUAAUCCCCCCCUUCUCUUUCCCCUCCCUGGUUUCUGCUGGGUGUUCAUGGGUAAUGACGGCAAAAGCAGAGCCCAAGGAUUCGUGGCCACUAAUGUCCUGUUUUAAGGACAUAUCAAAAGCUCCAAGUAGUUAUCUAUUUCUUGUAAAAUACUAGGCUGUUUAAAGAAUAAACUUUCAAUUCUGCAUCUGUAUUAUAAUAUAUGAAAAUGAUCUGCUGGAGUCAUACUUUUUUUUAUUGUGGUAUGAAACAAUAAAACAGUCUUGUGUGUGGGCUGUUCACACCUCUGUCUGAGCUAUUCGGAAAACA